GCUUUAACCCAGGAAAUGCACGGAUACCGCUAGUCCGCGGCUCGCCCUCAGUCUUCUUUCCGUUGACACCACCGUGUCCAGCAAAUUCCUCCGCUUGUUUGUCUGGGUGGAUAGUGCUCUUCUAUGUGGCGCCAUGGCUGACUACUGGAAGUGCAGUUGCGGGGAAUUCAAUACCAAGGGCCGACGGACAUGCGGAGGCUGUGGUGCGCUCAAGCCUCAGCCACGUGAUCCCUGGAGCUACGGCGGGCCGAAAGCAGCCGAGUUCUGGGUCGGGCAGCCGCGGUGGACAAGCACCAAGCAGAAGGGUGUACUGCCGAGGAAGCCGUGGGUCAACAUGUCGGGAGGCGGAGGCGACAGUGGACAGCAAGCCCCAGCUGGUGCGACGCUCAGCGCUAGUGAGAUUCGCGAGUGGCCAGAGCUUCCCUUCGAAGCCUACAAGAAGACUAAGUGCGCACUAUGUCGUUCGUCCAGAUCGAAGAUCGAGAACGCACGGCGCGCUGCAGCUGCUGGGCUUCUCAGUGCUGCUGGUUGCGAAGCUCUUCGGGCGGUCGACAAGGCUGCUCGGGCUCGUCAACAAGCCAAGGAGCGUCUUGCAAACAAUAAUGGUAAGGCUCUCAAGAUGCUGGAGGCGGUGUCGGCGUCGGAGGCAGAGGUCGCGAAGCUGGAGAAGGAGCUCGAGGCUCGACGGGCGAGGAAACUUGCCCGGCGCGCUUUACCCCACAGCCGGGCAACACAUAGGCGUUGCGCACACUACCGUGUUUCUCGAACCACGAUGAGAGUCGCCACUGCUUAAGAUACAUGGAACUGGGCAGUGGCAUUCAGGGCUGAGGACUGGGGACUGCAGGAGACUUGAUGACACUCCAACUCGUGCCUCGCGGCACGGUGGCGGCUUAUCUGGCCGUAAGUGUUCCGC